AUAAAAUAUAGAUGUAAGAUAUACUUAUCGGAAAAGUGUUAGACUUAAUUUAUUUCAACUUAUCCUAUUAUAUUUAAAUUAUAAAAAUCUUUUUUAAAAAAAUUAUCAUUAAAAAUGUCUGCGUGGAGACAAGCGGGAUUAAAUUACAUCAAUUAUUCUCAAAUAGCUGCUAAACUUGUUAGACAAGCAUUAAAAUCAGAGUUUCGAGCAGAAGCUUUGAAACGUGAUGAAACAAAUAUAAAAUUUACUCAAUGGAAAGAUGGUAAACCUGCUACUGAAAAGUAAUAAUAUUUACUAUAAUAUUUACAAUAUAAACUCAUAAAUUAUAAUAUCACAGAUUGAUGGAGAAAUCAUCCUACUCUUCUAAUAUAUACAUAUAUAUAUAUAUAUAUCUAUAUGCAUGUUCUUGCAUAUUGUAUAUGAAACAAAUAAGAGAUUUAAUAAAAUAGUAAUUUAUGUAUAGUAAUUCAACAUUCUUGUAAGAAGUAAAAAUAUCCUAUAAUAUUA